AUGGUAGAAGAAACCAAAACUCAAGCUGUUGCAAGCAGGGCCAAAGGAGGUAGAAAGGUGUAUGACAAGAAACAUCCCAAGUGGAACUGCACAUUUGAUGAUGCCUUGACAAAUGCAUUGUGCAGUACUAUUGAUACCACUGGGGAAUACAAUGUCAAUUACUUGAUCCUCGACAUCAUCAGGGAGCACCAUAUGUUCCAUCAUGUCUGGAAGAAGAUUGAGAAUGGACUCACCAAUGAAGCCACUGCCACAUCUCAUCAUAUUGCACUCAUUGCUCAGUUAGGUGAGCUUAGGAUGUUCAACUCUGAUGCCCAAAAACUCAUCCAGGAAAUCAGGUCCAUUCAGAUGGAGAGCAGCCUACUGGGAAAACCAUUUGCUGAUGACACCCUGUUCUCUAACUUACAGAAGUGCACUAUUUGCCACCCAAUGUAUAAAGAGACUGUUGCCACUGUUAGCCAGCUCACCUUCAGUGCUCUUGCCACUGCCUUAACCACCUGGCAGUUGGUGAUUGAGAAUAACCCUUCUCAGAGGGUUGAUCCCCACCAAGCCAGCACCAGAGUCACCAGCAGCAAUGACCAGGAUGAAUCAUCUGAAAAGGAUGAGAAAGACAAGAAGGAUGCUGACUGCACCAGUGCCAAGGUUGCUGCUAGACCCUGA